GCAACCCCUCCGUCAUCCGGGUCCUGGGCGAGCGGGCGCCGUGCGCUUGUCCCGCGGCUGAGUACUAAUAAAGUUGCAGCGCGUGGACGGCGCGGGGAGAGCGCGCCGGGACGGCCCGUGAGAGAGAGGAGGGCUACUGCAGGAGGAUUAUUUCAAAGCCGUCUUCGUCUUCUGAUUUCCCCCUCUUACCGAAAUCUUCCUGCUCACAUAGGGUCUGCACCAGCGAGAGAAGCAUAUGGCCCGUGUGGUGGUAAACGCUCCCCCUCCUCAAGUGGAGCCUGGGCUUAGGACCUGGGCGUGACUCUGCAGCCCAUUAGCGCCUUCAGCAGCCGCUGCCUCUGGUUGCGGGACAGCCUCUGUGGAGCCGUGGCAAAUGACGUCAAUGGCCAGCUUGUUUUCCUUUACUAGUCCAGCAGUGAAGCGAUUGUUGGGCUGGAAACAAGGGGACGAGGAGGAAAAAUGGGCAGAAAAGGCAGUUGAUGCUCUGGUGAAAAAGCUGAAGAAGAAGAAAGGUGCGAUGGAGGAGCUGGAGAAAGCCUUGAGCAGCCCGGGGCAGCCGAGCAGGUGUGUCACCAUUCCCAGGUCUCUAGAUGGACGCCUCCAGGUUUCUCACAGGAAGGGCCUGCCCCACGUCAUAUACUGCCGUGUCUGGCGCUGGCCUGAUUUGCAGAGCCACCAUGAGUUGAAACCAUUGGAUAUUUGUGAAUUUCCCUUUGGAUCUAAGCAAAAGGAAGUUUGCAUCAACCCAUAUCACUAUAAGAGAGUGGAGAGCCCAGUCUUACCUCCAGUGCUGGUGCCUCGCCACAACGAGUUCAAUCCACAGCACAGCCUCCUGGUCCAGUUCAGGAACCUCAGUCAUAAUGAGCCUCACAUGCCACAGAACGCCACGUUUCCAGACUCUUUCCACCAGCCCAAUAGCACUCCUUUCCCCUUGUCUCCUAAUAGCCCCUACCCACCUUCCCCCGCCAGCAGCACAUACCCCAGCUCACCAGCCAGUUCUGGACCAGGAAGCCCAUUUCAACUGCCAGCUGAUACACCUCCGCCCGCCUAUAUGCCACCUGAGGACCAGAUGGGUCAGGAUAAUUCCCAGCCCAUGGACACCAGCAAUAAUAUGAUUCCUCAGAUUAUGCCCAGCAUAUCCAGCCGAGAUGUUCAGCCUGUUGCCUAUGAAGAGCCCAAACACUGGUGUUCAAUUGUCUACUAUGAACUGAACAAUCGCGUUGGGGAGGCUUUCCAUGCAUCAUCCACUAGUGUGCUGGUUGACGGGUUCACAGACCCUUCCAAUAACAAAAGCAGAUUCUGCUUGGGCUUGUUGUCAAAUGUUAACCGUAACUCAACAAUUGAAAACACCAGGCGGCACAUUGGGAAAGGUGUCCACCUGUACUACGUUGGUGGGGAGGUGUACGCCGAGUGUCUGAGUGACAGCAGCAUAUUCGUUCAGAGUAGGAACUGCAACUUCCACCAUGGCUUCCACCCGACCACGGUGUGUAAGAUCCCCAGCAGCUGCAGCCUCAAGAUCUUCAACAACCAGGAGUUCGCACAGCUGCUGGCCCAGUCCGUCAACCAUGGGUUUGAGGCAGUGUAUGAGCUCACCAAGAUGUGCACCAUUCGCAUGAGCUUUGUCAAGGGCUGGGGCGCAGAGUACCACCGGCAGGACGUGACCAGUACUCCAUGUUGGAUCGAGAUCCACCUGCACGGGCCUCUGCAGUGGCUGGAUAAAGUCCUCACUCAGAUGGGCUCUCCUCUGAACCCCAUCUCUUCUGUCUCAUAGUGCAGAAAUGCUCUUAACUAUGUUUUAGUGGACUUGUUUUAAGUUUAGAGAAAUUUCCAGUACAGAUACUGUGAGCUGACAUGGAAAAACAGAUAUCAUGGCUUAUUUUUUCUACAUAAUUGUGACCAACACAUUUGUAUUUUUUGAUGUAUCUACAUUUGUUUGUAUUUGUGUUCAUGUGGUUAACUUUCAGAAGUGUUCUAAGAGGUAUGGCAUAUUAUGCCCUGUUCAUCUGAAACUGGAACAUGCUUUUGCUUAUUAUCCCAAAAUUUUUAAAAAGGAGUACAUCACAUUAUGAGAAAUUACAGUGUGAGAAGAUAUGUAUAGUGAAAAGUGAGUUUCUUAUCCUUCUCCUGAAUUUCUAAAAGCUGUUUCCAACAAUGGCUUUGCUCCACCAACUUUGUAAAUUCAUUCAUUGUUCUGUAGAAGCCUAUGGUAGGGACUUAAGAGAAGCAUGGCACCGUGUCUGCGCAGAAGCCUGAGCGGUGCUCUCUUGAGCGGUGCUCAGUAGCAGAGUGACAGUUUCCAGAUGAUGUCAAAGCAGUUACUUUUAGUGUAGUUAAGUGUCUGUCAGUGUAAUGUGACCUCAUGCUAGGUAUGUUUUGUAAAACAUUUACUUUUUUAAAAAAUUGCAAGUAAUCUCUAGUAUGUCAUUUACUCAAAGUCUGUCAUCAGUCCUACUUUGUAGCUCGUGACGGUGCAUGCAUGGCCUUCUUCAGCUACGUUGCUGCUCUGGGCCAAUUAUUUCAGAGACUCUAACUUUUGACUCUUUUAUUUUGCACUUUCAUGGGUAACAGUUCCUAGUGUAACAUUUGGUAAAACACUCAAGUGACUUUGUCUUAGGUCUUCUCUUUACUUCCUUGGUACUCCUUUGUAUUAACCGUACUGCAAUUUAUAGCAUACAGUUGUAGGAAGUUACACUUUUUCUAGUUUUUAGUUUUCAACCUAGGUUAUAAGGUUUUUAUUCUGUAGCUCUAACUGAGGUGCCUUUUUAACUCCCUACGGCUUUGUGGUGCUGUCGCUGCGAGAGGCUGUGUAGUUGCCACGGGUCUUUCAGCGUAGCGUGCUCCUCGUGCCAGGCCCCGUGCGCUUUGGCUUGUGCCUCGGGAAGAGGCUACUGGUGUGAUAGCCAUCGCGGCAGCAGUGGGUGCUGGGAUAACUGAUUUUAAGGCAUUUACAUAUCAAAGAAUGCAGACUGUGUCCUUUCUUAGCAUCUGUGCUCUUUUUCUAUUUUCCCCAAACACAGCCUUCUAAAGCAAAGAUGUGAAAGCUCUAAGAUACCCAUUUAAUCAUUGGUGCCUUUGGCUUAAGUAGAGGACUCUUAGCCACUUCUUCGAGGGAGCAGAUAGAUGCGGAGCUGUGGCCUGAGACUGAAGAAAUUGCUUUAAAAAGUGACUGGGUUUACUUGCUGGAGCCUUCUGAGAAUAUUCAGAGCUGCUUUAUUCCUCUGCUGAAAAAGUGUUAUUUUGGUUUUUGACUCUGCUUUGCCCUUCCUGCUUUUAUGAGGAAAAACAUAUUUUUUUUAAAAGGAAAAGAUUAUGUGAUUUGUUUUCGGUGUCAUUAUUUAUUUCAUUAUAUUCAAAGUGCAGCCACCGGGUGGUUUUAGUUCCUUAGAUGAGGUGCCCUCUGUGUGAGACCACAGCUCUUUGCUGGGCACGGAGAGGAGCUUGUUAGUCAGUCACCUGGACCUUCGUGGCCCUGUCAGGCGGCAUAUGUUCUCAGACUUGCAGACGGCAUCACGCAUGAAAGGAUGGCUUGCUUAGUAGUGGAAUGUAGUGUCCUUAUCAUUCUUUUGUUCAGCAGCCUCAUGACAUGAUCCUCGGAACAGAUUUGUAGAAAAGCAGUCACUCAAGUUGAAUCACCCACUUCAGGGAGCUUUGCUGACCUUGUAGAACGUAUCGACUUGUCUUAUUGAUGUUGCGCUGUGUGGCCAUCACAUGGCAGCUGGGAGAGCUGGCAGCUUUUUAUGUGAUUGACUUUCUUAAUAUUUUUCUCUCAGUGACAGUAAGUAGCUGCUAACUGCUGAGAGUUUCAUGGAGAAGGACGAGCCUAGUUUGUUUCCUAAAGGUUGUCAUUUCUGCCCUGUGGACUUUAAAUGAAAACUACAGUCUCGCUGCCUAUAGCUUUAAGGCCAUUCACAGAUCUGAGGAUAGGCAAUUAAAAUUUUGAAUAAGAUCAAAAAGAAACAGAAAUGUAAAGCUCUGGCCAGUAAGUAACCUCUAAAAUUGUUUCAGUAAAAGCAUACUUUUAAGUUUUUGUUUUACGUAUGCUUUAUAAAUUUAUGAAAACUCCACUAGAUUUUAUGGCAUGUAAAAUAUAUUAAUGUGGGGCUGAAGAGAUGGCUUAGUGGUUAAGGCACAUGCCUGUGAAGCCUAAGGACCUAGGUUCGAUUCUCCAGGUCCCACGUAAGCCAGAUGCACAAGGGGGCACAUGCACCUGGAGUUUGUUUGCAGUGACUGGAUGCCCUGGUGUGCCCAUUCUCACUCUCUCUCCUUCUCUCUCUAUCUCUGAUAAAUAAGUAAAAAGUAAAAGAAUUAAAAUAUAUUAAUGUAUACCUGCUAGAGAGUAGAAGCUACAAGCAAAGUUGAAGCCAGUUUGUCAAAUGCAAAAGGCAGAACAGAACCCAAACUGAUCUCAGUCAUAAAUGUAAGACACACACUACACCAUCAUCUCCAUGUUCCAAAACAUGAGGGCCUGGAUGGUGCUGCCCGGCUAAAUUUAUAAAGCGUAAUGUAGUAGGCAUGCUAUUUGUCUACCAGAAUCAGUACGUUUUUUAGAGAAAAUUUGAGAAGCCAAUCAAAAAUACUUGCACAAAAAUAUGAAUUUGCAGUGUAAGUAUGUAUGGUGGUUAAUGUAGCUGACUUGCAGACUUUAAACCAGGAUGAGUAAAGAAGCUAUACCUAAUAGGACAAAUAGAAGAUAUGCUGGUUUUUUUCCUCCUGGCACGUGAGAGCAAGACAUUCUUUUGGGAUGUAAGUGACCAGUAAGCAUUCAAAUCUGAAGUUCAUUGUCAAGAGGUUUACCUUAUCAGACCUUCCCUGUUGCUUGUACCUGUGGGAAACUGGUCCUGCCCCUACAAAUAAUAACCUCGUGGAGGAGAAAGGUUGUACACAAAGGCAAUCCUGUUGACAGCAGAGAAAUUCUUGGUAGUGUCUACCAAAGUGCUGUACUUUUGUGCCAGUUUACAUCCAUUCCUCAUUUUCUAGUCACAGCCUUCAAUAUUACCUUGACUGUUAGCCACUAAAAUAUAUUCAUAUCUUUUUUGCUUCCUGAGGAAGACAGACUUGGUUAUAUUAUGUUUUGUUUUGAGAUGGGGUUUUGUUGUGUAGCCCUGGCUGACCUGAAUGAAACUCAAGAUGUAGCCAGGCUUACAACAAUCCUCUGCCUCUUUCUACUGAGGGGCUGAGGUUACAGGUAGGUAGGCACCAUUGUGCCCAGUGACUUCUGAAUACUAUUUUUUGAAGAGUUCAGAGCUUUUGUCUGUCUUCCUGGUUAAACCCUCUCUGAAUCUCUGGGCUCUCAAUGCAAAUGUAUUUCUCGAGCCCACCAGCUAGAGAAGCCAGCAGCUUUUAAGUCAGUAGUUUCUAAAAUGUUUAGUGGUAGUUCAAGGGAGGGAGCUGCUUUCUGUUUUACGGGCAGUCUCAUCAACUAGCUUUGGGGAGGGGGCUCUCCAGUCCAGCAGCAGUAUUCUUUGAUAAGGAAAGAAGAUAAAGGUUAUUGGAAGGUUUUCUUAUCAAAAAGGUGGUGGGUGUGGUGGCAAAGGCCUUUAAUCCAACACUCUGGAGGUAGAGAUAGGAGGAUUGCUAUGAGUUUGAGUUCAGCCUGGGCUAGAGAAAGACCCUACCUCAAACAAACAAUACCCACAACAACAACAACAAACAAAAGGUGCAUGUAGGGAAAGUGAAAAUUCAAGGCAGUUUGUCCUACAUAAGCAGAAAACUCAACCUAAUGAACAGAACCAAGGGCAGGUCUUUGGAAGUCACUGGAUUGCAGUCUUUAGUAUAAUCUGAGAACAGGAAGUAGUGGUACUUGUCAAGCUUUUGUAUCAUUGGAUUGUUCAUGAAGCAAAUUUGUUAACUUUUUAGGGCUGUCGCUCAGUGGUAGAGUACUUGCUUAGCACACAGAAAGCUCUGUUCAGUCCUCAGCACUGCACAAAACUCCUCCCCACAUGUAACCGAACCAUAACUGAAGUGGCACUCUAAAGUUGGACAGUGUACAAAAGCCAAGGAAAAGGAAUUCCCAUGUUGAUUUUCAGUGAAAACGCAUGUGAUAGUUAUUGAUGAGAAUUGCUGUAAGGCAGACGAUGAGUUACUCAUUGAAAAGGGUUCAUGCUGGAGUGGAAUCCUGUGAUUGCUUGUAGAAAUGGUAAGAGGUUUGUAUCCAAAUAACUUGGUUCUUAGAACGUUUUGUAAAACUCCACAAACCAUGAUCCUUUAAGGAUUUAUUUGAGGUUGCUUUUUACCAAGUACAUAAUGUUGUGUGCCUUCAUUAAUAGAUAGUGCCUUUCUUAAUGUGAGCUGGUGGCAGUCUGCAAAACUCCACUUAGGCCAAAGAAUCUCAAGUCCUUUGAAAAGGAGUGUUUUAGAAUCAGAGUUUAGAGUUCUAAUGUCAUUGGAAAUGAAUUUGCUUCAGCCUACUCAUGAAACAGUUUAAAUGUAGGGAAGCUUGGGACUGGGAGAUGGCUCAGCAGUUACAGGCACUUGUUUGCAAAGCCUACCAACCCAGGUUCGAUCCUCCCAGCGCCCACAUAAAGCCAAGUGCGUGUGCAGUGUGGCCCAUGCAGCUAUACUGGUGUUUGUUCGCAGCAGUAAGAGACUGCUGUGAAGAGGGUUGAGGAUAAGCAGACACCUCAGGGUUGUCCUGUGACCUUCACACCUUACCAUGGCAUGCACAUGCCUCCCCCUAUAUACACAAGCAAUUUUUUUAAAAUUUAAAUGUAGGGAAUCUUAUGAAUGAUGGCUGGGCAUGGCAUGUAAUGCUCUUUUUAACUUGGUUGAUUAAAAUUGCAAUUGGAAACUUUCUUUCUUUGGGGUUGGAGUGGAAUCAUGGCAAGUGAGCCUGUGUGUGUAUCUGGCUACAUUCUCUUAGAUACUUCAUACUGCUCGCAAUGACCAAAGCGAUGGCAGCACCGUAGGUCUGCUUCUGACUGAGACGCACUCUGCUUCCGUUUCUGUUGUAGAAGAUGGAAUUCUAGUCACAUGCUUCAGUUCUCUUUUUGAUACUUAUAAAAAUGUUUAGAUUUUACUGUAUUGUGCUUAUCAAAGCCAUAACACUAAAGAAACUUGUUUUGCAUAUUGUUUGCUAAUACUUUAUUUUAAUAAACCUCAAAAUCUG